AUGGUGGUGGAGGCAGCAACGACGGUGGCGGUGGUGCUUUUUGGUAGUGGUGGCGGUUGUGGUGGCGGCUGCGGUAACGCCAACGAUGGUAGUGGUGGUUGGAGUGGUGGUGGUGGUGGUGAUGGUUGUGCUAGUGGCCGUCAUGGUGGUGGUGGUGAUGGUGGUGGCGGUGGUGGUGGUGGUUGCGGCGGCAGUAAAGGUUGUGGUUGUGGUGGUACUGGUGGUGGGAGUAGUGUUGGUUCUGGUGGCAGUGGUGGUGGUGGUGGUGUGGUGACAGUGGUGGUAGUGGUAUUGGUAGUGGCGGCGGCGGCAGGUUCAGUGGCAGUGGCGGUGGAGGUUAUGUUUUUGGUUGUGGUGGUGGUUGUUGCGGCGGCGGCAACGGCGGUUAUGUUUUUGGUUGUGGUGGUGGCAAUCGCAGUGGCGAUGCUGGCAAAGGGUGCUGGUGGUGGUGGUUGGGGCAGUGGCGCUGACAAGGGUGCCGGAGAGGGUGGUGGUGGUUGUGGUGGCGGUGGUGGUGGUGGUGGUUGUAGUUCUAGUGGCGGUGGCGGCGGUGGCGACAAAGAAAGUGGUGGUUGUGUUGUUGGGGGUGGCGGCGGUUGUGCUAGUGGUGGUGGCAGUGGUAGUGGUAUUGGCGGCGUUGGCGGCAGUGGCGACGAUGGUGGUGGUGAUGGUUGCGACGGUGGCGCCAGUGGUGGUAGUGGUGGUGGUGGUUUUGCGCAUGGUGGUGGUUGCGACGGCGACGAUAAUGGUGGUGGUGUUAGAGGUGGUUAUGGUUGUGGUGCUGGUGUUAGAGGUGGUUAUGGUUGUGGUGGUGGUGUUGGUGGUAGUGGUGGUGGCGAUGGGGGUGCCGAUGGUGGUUGUGGUGGUUGUAACGGUAGUGGUGCCGAUAGUUGUGUUGUUGGUGGUAGUGGGUGUUUUGAUGGUUGCGGUGGUGGUGGUGGUGGUGUUAGUGGCGAUGGAGGCGGCAAUGGUGGUGGUGGCAGUGGUAGUGGCGGUGGCGAUGACGGUGGUGGUGGUGUUUGGAGCGGCAGCGACGGUGGUGAUGUUGGUGGUCGUUCUGGUUGUGGUGGUAGUGGUGGUUGUGGUAGUGGUGGAGGCGGUAGUGGGGCCGACGGUGGUGGUGGUGGUUGUUGUUUUGGUGGUGUUGGUGCUGGUGGUUCUGGUGGUGGUGGUAAUGGUAGUAGGGGUGGCGGCGAUGGCGACAACGACGAUGGUGGAGGUUUCAGCAACGGUAGUGGUGGUCAUGGUUGUGCGCGUGGUGUUGGUUGCGACGACGACGACGGUGGUGGUGGUGUGGUGGUGAUACUGGUGGUGGCGGGGGUGGUGGUGGUUGUAGUAUUGGUGGUGGUGGUGGUUGUGGUGCUGGUGGUAGUGGUAGGUGUGGUGGGGGUGGUUCUGGUGGUGGUGAUGGUGGCGGUAGUGGUGCAGGUGGUGGUUGUGGUAGAUGUGGUGGUGGUGGCGAUGGCGGUUGUGGUGGUAGUGGUCGUGGUGGUGGCGGUGGUUGUGCGUGGUGGUGGUAAUUGUUGUGGUAGUUGUGGCGGUUGCGUCGACGGUGGUCGUCUUGGUGCUGGAUGCAGCGGUGGCAGUGGUGGUGGUGGUACUGGUGGUUGUGGUGGUGGCAGUGGCGUGGCGGUGGCAGCGACUAUGGUACAAGUGGUGGUGGUGGAAGUUGUUGUGGUGUUAGUGGCGGUUGUGCCGACAGUGGUGGUCGUGGUGUUGGAGGCAGCAGCGGCGCUGGCAAUGGUGGUGGUUCUGGAGGUGGUGGUGGUGGUGAGAAUGCCAGUGACGAGGAGGAGGUUGGUGGUGGUUGGUGGUUGUGGCAGUGGUAGUGGCGGUGGUGGUAGUGGCGGCGACGGGUGUGGUUCUGGUGGUGAUUAUGGUUGUGGUUGUAGCGGCGGUGGUGGUCGUCGUGGCAUCGGUAGUGGCGGCGGCUGCGGUGGCGGUGGUGGUGGUGGUGGAUGUGGUUGUCGUGGUGGCGGUUGUGGUCACGCCGACGGUAGUGGUGGUGGUUGUGUUGGUGGCGGGGGUGAUGCUGGUGCUAGUGGUCGUGGUGGUGGCAGUGGCAGUAACGGUGGUGGCGACAGUGGUGGUGGUGGUGGUGGUGGUGACGGCAGUGGUUGUCGUGGUGGCGAUUGUGUUAGUGGUGGUGAGGGUGGCAGCGGCGGUGGCGGUGGAGGGGGUGGUGGUGGUGGCGCCAGCAGUUGCCGCAGCGGCGACGGCGGUGGUUUUGGUGUUGGGGGUGGUGUUAGAGGUGGUUGUGGUUGUGGUGCUGGUGAUGGUGGCAGUGGUGGUGGCGGUGGUGGCUGCGACGGUGGUGGUCGUUGUGUUGUAGGUGGUAAUGGUGGUUAA